AUGCCGUGCGUCCAGACCCAGUGCGGCUCCUCUCCACAGGGAGCCAGCCCGGCCUCACAGGGCGCCAUCGGAGAGCGCAGCUGCGACUUCCUCACCCCGGAGUUUGUCAAGUUUAGCAUGGACCUUACCAACAAUGAAGUAUCAGCUGCCUCAUCGGGUCCCAGUUUUGGCCCAUUAACGGACACCUACAGCUCCGGCUACGACGUUAAGCCCCAGUGUCUCUUCCAAAUGCCGGUUCAGGGGGAGAUUCCGUGCGUAAAGGUGGAGGAUAUGCAUGGAUGUCCGCGGUAUCAGCCGACUCAGCAUCAUGUACACCAAUCAGACGAGCUGCUCUCCUCCCCGGGCUCCGUUUAUUAUUACCGGUCUCCGUCGCCACACACAUCCAACUUCCAGACUCCACCGGGACACAUAUGGGAAGACUCCGGCUCUCUGUACAGUUUCCGUCAAGACUAUUUGGCGGCGGCGCACAGGAAAAACACACUUUCUAGAUUCUCACUAUUUUCCCUCAAACACGCACAACACGCCAGUCAGAACUUAUCCGCCUGCCAAAUGAAAUGUGACGGAUCUCUCCACGUGUCCAUGAACCUGGACGCUACCGGUGCGCACCAAUCGCUGGACAGCCCCGGGGUUCUCGGCUGCACUGGUCUCGGAAAGCAGCCCGGUGUGGGAUUCCCUCACCCUUUCCAACUCGCCCACAGCCACCACUUUAAGGACUAUCAGAGUCCUUCAUGCUCCAGCCGAGGACCGCUGAGCAGUGAGGGGCUGUGCGCGGUGUGCGGGGAUAACGCAGCCUGCCAGCACUACGGAGUGCGCACCUGCGAAGGCUGCAAGGGAUUUUUCAAGCGCACAGUGCAAAAAAAUGCCAAGUACGUUUGUUUGGCUGCCAAAAACUGCCCUGUGGACAAACGCAGGAGGAACCGAUGCCAAUAUUGUCGCUUCCAGAAGUGCCUUGUAGUGGGAAUGGUCAAAGAAGUGGUGAGGACAGCGGGUCUGAAGGGUCGAAGAGGUCGCCUGCCGUCCAAACCCAAAGCUCUUCCGGACUCGUCCUCGCCUGUCAGCACCCUCAGCGCCCUCGUCAGGGCACAUGUGGAGUCGAACCCUUCGCCCUCUCGCCUUGACUACUCUAAAUUCAAAGAGAGUCCUGGAAGCCCACCAGGAGACGAUGCUCAACACGUGCGGCAGUUUUAUGACCUCCUGAUCAGAUCGAUGGAGGUGAUUCGAGGUUGGGCCCAGAAGAUCCCGGGCUUUAUCUCACUGCCUAAGCAAGACCAAGACCUCCUGUUCUACUCUGCUUUCCUGGAGCUCUUUGUUUUACGGCUGUCGUACAGAUCAAACCCGGAAGAAGGGAAGCUGAUCUUCUGCGACGGGUCGGUGUGGCACCGGCUCCAGUGCCUGCGGGGCUUUGGGGAGUGGAUUGACAGCAUUGUUGAGUUCUCCGCCAAUCUGCAGAGGAUGAAUCUAGACGUCUCCACCUUCUCGUGCAUAUGCGCCCUCGCUCUGGUCACAGAGCGGCACGGACUGAAGGAGCCCAAGAAAGUGGAGGAGCUGCAGAACAACAUCGUCAAGUGCUUGAAGGACGGCGGGAUGUGCGCCGACAGAGGCUCAAACUGUUGGUCCGACCAUUUGUCCAGACUCUUGGAAAAGCUGCCUGAACUCCGUACUCUGUGCAUCCAAGGCCUGCAGAGGAUUUUUUAUUUGAAGCUGGAGGACUUGGUGCCGCCGCCUGCAAUAAUAGAUAAGUUAUUCCUCGACACGUUGCCAUUUUAGAGACAUGAGAGAACACACAUGGGGACGUUUUUUCUGUGUUUUUUUCAAGAGAUGGCAU